AUUUUGGAUGGACAAAUAUCCACUGACACUGGUCCGGAGGCGUCUCCGGUCUCUAUUGGUGAGGAGGUUGUGGUGUGUGGACAUCCACAAGAGGCCUUCAUCGGUUUGUGUUCCCUGCAAGACCCUUUUUGCAUUCUUGCGCGACCCCUUGUCUGCUUUCCUCAUGGCUACACAAGGAGAUGUCAUGACGAGGUAACUUCUUUUUUCUGUUGCUUCACUUUCGCCCUGCUCUUAGCCCUUACCAGAGAACCAACUGAAGAUCGCCAUCAUCGUUCCAUCCUCGAGUCCUCGCUAGCGGCAAACCCCAAUAUCAACCCGACCACUCCAGAAAGAACGACUUCCUUCUUUGCGGCAAAGAUUGGUUCAUGUUUCACGGCAGCAACUCUGGUACCUAGAAAUGUUUUAUUGUUCGACUCACCCGCUGCUGUGCUAUCGGAAAGCUUUGAAGGCUGAUAUUCGAGGAACUUUAGUCCCAAAGGUUCGCGUUGCCAAGUCUGGGGGAAACCCGCUAACAGCGGGAGGACCUGUUCCCUAGCCGUUCAGCCAGCUUAACCGAUUUCCCGGGUCCGGAAACGGGGCUGAUAACUGCCACGUGUGGCUCUAUCAGGUUUGCCGCAACAUGAAGACGGUCGAAUCUAGAUUUGAGCUGACUUUCCUGGUAUCCUUGCUGGGAUGACAGCUCCCAUAUGGAAGGGUCCAGCCAUGACUGAAGAUAUCAGCUUGACAUCGAGACCCUCUUGCUCUCUAAUCCAACCAUGUCGACUGUCUAGCUCCCCAGGAAAUCCCAGCUGAGUGAUUCCAGCAAAGCUUUUGCAAAAGUCGGUGUGGUUGAUCUGGAUCCAUGUGCGGGCAGCGUGAGGGUAUACCUACAACCUCACGCGAUACGAUGGACCCAGGUACCCAACAUCACGGUCAAUGACCUUGUUCCUAAACUCAACGAAACGGCAUGCCGCUCACAUGUCUCUGAUUGUACCAGUCGCAUGGUCAUCAAUCACCCUUCUCAUCGUCGAGACUUUUUUUUUUCCCGAGACAGAUCACUUUCCAUGCACGGCACAUUCGAUUCCGUCACCGUGCAUUUCACUAUCCACCCACCCGCUUCCUGGUCUGAUCGCGAGGUUUGACGACUUGCGCAUCGAUCAGAGCUUCUAUUCCUCGUCGGAAAUGCCAUCAUUCUGUUUCAGACCCUUCAUACCUAGGGUCUUGGCUGGAAUGUCUUGGAUGCUGAACAAUAUUCUUGUCAUCAAGGACAUGUUCCCGGGUGGGUGCUAUCAAGGUUACGGUGCAGAUUUAACAGGCAUCACUUGGGCGGUUACUACCACCACAUGACCUUGGUUGACCACCUAGAACGUUCCGAGCCUUUUCGGGCAUGGGAUAGACGCCGCCGUGGGUUGAUUUAUAUCGACGUAUAUUGACUCUUGUGGGAACUUUGGCCUGGUCGAUGCGGGAUAUCCCUCGUUCAGCGGUUGAAUCGGGCGGUAUAUAUGCAUUUCGGCGACCCCGCUGUAGGACCCUGCGACGGACCCUCGGCGGCUGUGGGUGUUGUGGAAGAGGAACAACCUGCCGCCACGAGGUAGCCAUAUGGUUCGUGGGGGUAGAGACGGAUGAUAUGUUCCGACGGGAGAUGGACCCGGCGGCCGCGAUAUUCUUCGCAUGCGGCUGCACGGGCAUUGGUGCUUGAGCUUGAUGUAAAGGUAGGUAGGUCCUUGGCCCACGUGUGCUUGAGAGGCACAUAUGCGUAAGCUUUUACAUAUGUAUGUAGUCGUCUCUUGAUCUUGCGUUCUUGGCUGCCUUUGGAUUCGAGUACCUUACCAGAACAAAGAGUACUAAGAGCCUGACCAAGAAUCUCUUACUUGUUUGAACAUGAUCCUCCACUCUAUGUCUGAAAAGCCGUAAAACUGCUAUGUAGGCCGCUGAUAUCAUAUCAUAUGCACCAACAAGCCCGUGUCCCACUAUUGCUCUCGGCGCAUGGUCUUCCAACAUGACGAUGACUUUCCUCACCUAUCAUACACCUCCCCCAAUUCUAUUCAAAACUCGGCAUGCGCAUCCUGCACCUUUCCCCCCCAACUAAACUUCUUCUUACCCUCCCCCUUCCCAUUCCCCUUCCCCCCUACAAACAACGCCUCCGCCUUCACCGUCACAUGCCCCGUAGCCGGCUCCUCAAUCACCGCGUCCACCCAGCUCUUGUAAUGCCUCUUCCCCCUCUCACGUUCAGGCAACUCCUCCUCCGUCCUUGGUCUUAUUCUUAUGAUAUAGAACCCAUUCGCCAACGUCGCCUUUUUGUAUUCGAUAUUCAGCUUGGCGGUCACACCCGCCAGCCCACCCCAUUGCUUAAACGCCGCCCUACCGCAGCUCUCAUCCAGAAUGGUGGCUAAACACCCCCCGUGAACAACACCCGGCCAGCCGAUGGUGGCCGGACCGAAGAAGAUCACCGAGACGAGCUCGCCGGUGGAGGCGUUGUGGAAGAUGCGCUGGUAGCCGCCCACGCCGCGGGAGCCGCGGAGGGUGUGUGCUGUUAUGUGCUGGGCGCGGUGGGAGGGGGGGAGGGUGUUGUAGGCUUCCCAGCUGGUCCAGGCUGGGUCGGAGGAGAGUUGCUGGACGAUGGGGAGGCGGGAGGCUUGGGAGUGGAGGUCGGAGAUGACGUAUUUGUCUUGGUCGGUGUCGGGGGUGGGAGGGGUCGGGGGGGAGAUGAAGAGGCGGAGGGUUGAGCCGCCGAUUGUGCCGAGGAGGAGGAAGGUGCCGGCGAAGAGGAGGCGGGAGAUCAGACGGCGGCGGUUGGGGCGGCGGUUGGGGAUGGUUUUGGUGAUGAGAGACUCUGGGGGAGGGGGAGGGGAAGCGUCGCUGAUGUGGAUGGUUUCCUGGAGGGGUUCGGAAGGGGUUUGUGAGGGUGGUGGUGGUGGUGGUGGUAGGUUCCGGGUCGACCGGGAGAUUGAGAACGCGACGGCGGCGAUGAGGUUUGGUCGGGGUUGGGCGGGGUUUUGCCGGUGGGCAAGCCGCAGGAGCGGACGGUAGGUGUGUAUUCUCGGGACCAUUUUCGGGAUGUGUGGUUGCGGUUGUGAUCUCGGCGAUCGGCGGAGGUGACACGGAGGAAAAAGGUUGGCUUGAUUAAGGGUUGGUGUUUGGUUGAAUUGCGGUGCCGUGCCGGUUUCCACGUUCCGUCCGGGCCGAGGCCGAGCAGACAAGAGGAUUUGCGCCUUGGUUCUGAUUGGCUGAUGAUAAAAGUGGGAUGCCAAGCGCUUGGAAGCGGAAUCUGCUUGUUUUGCCGUGACAGCGGUGUCGAUCGGGGCAGGGGUUUGUGCGAUCUUUGACAUCCACAACCGUUUUCAGAGAUCAACGAUCACAGCCUGAUGCGGGCGAUGAGGACAUGGCAUUUUUCCAUUUGUUUCCGAAUUCCCCAGACGACCGGAUCGGAGGGAGUCACUGCCAGUCUUGGCCCUUGAUUUAGCAGCAAUUACUCACCAAACCCACGAUCACCUUGCCUUCUUGGGCCUAGUUCGUCCUGUCGCUCUAUCGCCAUGUCGCAGAUCGAAGCCGCUCUUGUCAGUGCCGUCCCAUGCGGUCCCGUGCCAGCGGCGCUCUGGCGUACUUUUGUUUCCGGCAAUGUUACUGCCGGCGGCGCUUUUGACUUUCCAGGGCACUCCGUCCGAUCCAGAACCGCAUCUGACAGGUCACCGGGCUCUUGCUCAUCAGGGCUGAAUAUAUGCGGGUCAUCCGUCUUGGGACCCAGCUGCACUGACAUCAGGAUUACGGGGCAGUUCGUCCGAUAGAUGUGAGAGCCAGGCCAGGGUCAACCCCCAUCGAAAUCGAUUUGUUUGGCGCUUCUAUCUCGACAUGUUGCAGUGGGUUUGAGUGCUUAGAUAUGGAUCCUCCAAGAAAAAGGGCGGGCACUGCCACGGGUCCCGAAGGGCUGGCCCCUUCUUUGAUCGAUGACGAAAGGGUUCAUUUUGCUUGGGGUCCCGUCCUUUCUUUCCCCUGGAUGUGUAGCUUUGCUCUCUCUUUCACCGCAAACGAAUCGUCACUCUCUGUCAUGACGCGCUGGAUUGACUUGUAAACGCCUCAUUUUUUUGGUUGGGAUCGACACGUGCUUUACUCUCUCACCGUUUGGGCCCCUGGGACGAGCCAAGGCUUGGAGAACCCCGGAAUAACCUCAUUACACGACCACUCAAACACGCUUUUCAUCAUGGCUUACGAUUAUGCCCUUGUACAUUUAAAAUACACGAUACCCCUUGCUGCGUUGCUUACAGUUAUCGCCUACCCAAUAUUCCACCGAAUACACUUCCUCCAGAUUGGGAGUCUAAUAGUUGUCUCCUUCCUCGCGACGCUACCAUGGGACUCAUACUUGAUCAGAAGCAACAUUUGGACCUACCCGCCAGACGCCAUCAUUGGGCCUCGUCUCUAUGGAAUUCCAAUUGAAGAGCUGUUCUUCUUCGUGAUUCAAACAUACAUCACCUCGCUCUUCUACAUCCUCCUCAGCAAGCCAUUGUUCCACCCUCUCUACCUCAGCACCCAGAGAAACCCACCGCAACGAAUCGCCAGAGGCAAGGUUAUCGGACAGGGCAUUCUCGUCGCAUUGACGCUCUAUGGUGUUCACCAGAUUAGAACUGGCGGUCCUGGCACCUAUCUGGGACUUAUUCUGGCAUGGGCCUUCCCAUUCGCCUUGUUGACCUUUACUGUUGCGGGCAGAUUUAUUCUAACCCUGCCCUUGACCUCCACUGUGGUUCCGAUCAUCAUUCCGACAGUCUACUUGUGGCUCGUGGACGAGCUGGCUUUGGGACGUGGAACUUGGGCCAUUGAGUCCGGCACGAAGCUGGGAUGGUGUCUGUUUGGUGUCCUUGACAUCGAGGAGGCUACCUUCUUCCUCGCGACCAAUAUCCUCAUUGUGUUCGGCAUGGCAGUUUUUGACCAGUACUUGGCCAUCAUCUUUGCCUUCCCUCACCUGUUCCCCAAGGUGCCUCGGUCUCCCACGCCUUUGAUGUUGGUCCAGAGCCGGUUCUCAAACACCAAGCAAUACGAUCUCGAAAGGAUUGCGGGCCUGUCCGACGCUGUGACUCGGCUGAAGGCAAAGAGCAGAAGCUUCUACCUGGCCAACUCGCUUUUUACCGGCCGUCUUCGCAUCGAUUUGAUUCUUCUGUACUCCUUCUGCCGCCUCGCCGAUGAUCUCGUCGACGACUCCACCUCCCGCGCCGAAGUCAAGUCCUGGACCACCAAGCUCUACAAGUUCCUCGACCUCCACUACAAGUCCGACGUAAAAUCCAACAAAGCCCGGAUCAACGACUAUAUCGACGAGGCUUUCCCACCCGAGGCAAAGUCAGCACUCAAGUAUCUCCCAGCUACCAUUCUCCCCUCUCAGCCUCUCUACCAACUCAUCGAGGGCUUCGAGCUCGACUCCCAAUUUUCUUUUCAUGACUCCUCCGAGUCGGCCAAGUUCCCCAUUGUCGACGAGGACAAGCUCAACUACUACGGCCAAUGCGUGGCGGGAACAGUAGGCGAACUCUGCGUUGCUCUCAUCAUCGAGCACUGCGAGCCAGAGAUGCCUGAUGAGCGCAAGAAGAUGCUCAUGUCGGCUUCACGAACAAUGGGCGUGGCGCUGCAGUAUGUCAAUAUUGCACGGGACAUUGUUGUAGAUGCCGAGAUGGGAAGGGUCUACCUUCCCACUACCUGGCUCAAGGAGGAAGAUCUCACCCCAGAAGACGUCGUCGCCCAUCCAAGGGGGAAACAUGUGGAGAACCUGAGGAGGAGAUUACUGAGCGAGGCGUUCAAGUUGUAUGAUGAGGCGAGGCCGAAAAUGAAUGGGAUUCCCAAGGAGGCGAGGGGGCCGAUGAUUGGGGCGGUGGAGACGUAUAUGGAGAUUGGGAGGGUGCUGAGGGAGUUGGAGGGGGGUGUGGAGUUGGAGAGGGGAAAGGCGACUGUUCCUGGGGGGAGGAGGUUGAAGACGGUGCUUAAGGCCUUGUUUUCUGCUUGAUUGAUCCGUUUUUAAGGUGAUCAAUAAUAGGGAUUCUAAAGAGACGGACGUGUUUGACUUUGUAUAUAUGGGGGGCGUGCCAGUGUUGAGCAGACAAGGGGAUGGGUUUCAGCAUUUCACUCAUAGCGAGCUGAGGAGUAUGUCCUUUUUCGAAACAUUCCUUUUUCGUGUACACCUAGACCGUUGGCGAGUUCGAAAUAAUCUUUCUCCGCUUCUUCACACAUUAUUUUGUGGACUUAGUCGUGAUAGCACAACCUCAACAACGGAAAUAGCCGAGCUCGAGCCAA